AUGGCUUUUCUCGGCUUUCGUAGAUUUCCUACACCAAUUAUAAGACCUAUGUGGCCUUUUAUGAUAAGUGGAACUAUUGUACUUUAUCUCGUUCACAAAAUUGAAAAAGCAGGGCAGUCUGUUCCUCCCUAUGAUAUCGAUCCUCGCAAUCCACGGGAGAACACGCUGAGCAUUAAAGAAAUUUUGGUUAUCUUUACUGAUUUCAAUAAAUUGAAGCAACAUGUUAAAGUGCAUUUAUGCUUUGGCAUAGCAGAAAGUGUUGUCAGACUUAAUUUUUAA